AUGCCGCGAGUGGAUCCUGGUCCUGUCAGAAUUCGCGCGGAUUCCAAUCCUAAUGGGCCCAUGCCCAUGCCCAUGUCCAUACUUCGCGAACUGGCGAGACUCGAGAACAUUGUUGCGUUUGCCCAGGUGGUCCACAUGAACUGGAAAGAUCAGGACAACACCAGACCAGACCAAACGUUUCAAAUCAGUACCACCCCUUCUCACGGCCAACGACAGGAAUCCAUUCGGUGCGACAGCCGUGGUCAUUUGGGAGUGUUUGGUCAAUGGAAGGGUGCCACCGCGAUCACGUGGGGAGGGAAUAGGAGACAAACUGGAAGUAUCAACAUAUAA